AUGGUGGAGCCAACGCACAAGUUUGCGUCGAUGGAAGAUGAGCUUUGCUUCUGGAAGGAGCAGGCAGAGAAACAACAUCAAAGGGCUGAAGAGGUGCAAGAGGAGCUGCAGGAGUUUCAGCAGAUGAGUCGAGACUAUGAGGCUGAGCUGGAGUCCGAGCUGAAGCAGUGUGAAGGGAGAAACAAAGAUCUCCUCCUGGACAACAACAGACUGCGCAUGGAGCUGGACAAUGUGAAGGAGAAAUUUGAGAACCACCACUCUGAAGCUUCGAGGCACAUUUCUACACUGGAAGAGAAUCUGCUGGAAACUACAACUAUGAGAGAUCAUCUACAGAAAUACAUCAGGGAACUUGAGCAGUCCAAUGAUGAUCUAGAAAGGACCAAAAGGGCAACUAUUAUGUCGCUUGAGGACUUUGAGCAGAGAAUGAACCAAGUAAUAGAGCGCAAUGCCUUCCUUGAAAGUGAGCUGGACGAGAAAGAAAACCUGCUGGAGUCAGUUCAGAGACUUAAGGAUGAAGCUCGAGGUGAUGGACUUACGGGCACUCCCCUGACAACUUCUACUCGAAUAUCUGCACUAAAUAUUGUUGGCGAACUAUUGAGAAAAGUUGGGAAUUUGGAGUCUAAGUUGGCAUCUUGUCGAGACUUUGUGUAUGACACGUCGGUCAGCCGACCAGCUCUCCUCGCUUCCAGCCCUGGUUUUGGAGUAGGCUCUGAUGUCCAAGUGAGCAGCUCCCCUCCGCAGUAUGACAGUGUAGUGAAGCACCUAGAGUUUGGUCCAGCUCCUCCUCGAGGACUCUCCCAUGGCACUCAGUCUCCACAGGGAGGAGUGAAGAUCUUGCUAUGA